GUUGAAGGUUCGGGCCGAAGAUCAGGGAAGAAGCGUCCGGCGAGGGUUAAGGCCAGACGUUCUUUGGUCCUACUACAACCGCAGUUGGAGGAGAAGAUUGCAGAGGUGGCAACGAGGAGCAGCAGGCGGUGGGGAGGGCGGAGCCAAAGGCCGGCAAGGAACGUGAGAUCACCGAGGCUGAGCGUGCAAAAACGGCGAGCACUACCCCGGGAGUUGAUUCUCGGCGGCGAGUCAAGAUGGGAAGAGACCACGAGCAGUUGCCGAUAAGGACGGAAGCAAGAGAAAGAGGAAGCCGCGCGCGAAGGUAUGGGUCACCACUUCUCCCGGCGAGCCAUGUAACCUGUGCCCACGGGGGGAGCGAUUGGCAGGAGGGAAACUGUAUGCUGCAUGUCACAGGUCGGCAGAUGAGAAGGGCUUCACGCACAUCGCCAGUCGCAGUUCUACGGCUAGAGAUCUCUGCCACGGACUCCGAUUUCCAGGGCUGGAUUCCCGACGACGACGAGAAGGUACGCCUUUUUGUCCUCGUCUACUCGCUUGCUGGUUGCGACUUCCUUCCUGCCAUAUCGGGCCUGCCUUUCGGGACCACGUGGGCUCUUCCUCUGAAGAGCGUGCGGACCGAGGGAGUGUUUCGGACGUACAUCUGCGUGCGCGAGGGUGGGGCAUGGGGCGUCAAGAUCGACGAGUGCAUCAAGUUGUUGGCGACCAUAUUCUACUUCAAGUAUGAAGCUGGCUUUGCUCGUGGUGGGCAGGAGCCCGGCUGGAUUGUCCGCACGGACAACGGCGAUGUCGCACAUACAUUACGUCGACGUCAUCCGGAUGCUUACCCUCAGGCGUGGUUCAACGAAGGCUACAUCAACGUGCCCUGCGUUCGAGUCCAUGCGCCGGCAGAGAGAGAGCGAGGCCAUCAGGUGCUUGGGUACUGGCGAGAUGGCUGUUUAGAGGUGGUACCAGUACGAGAAAUCAACGGCAAGGGAUGGGGGAUCGACCCGAAAGCGGGGGCGACCAGCCCGGAGCACAUGACAGCGGAGAAUCGCGCGGUAUGGCUGUCUGAGUAUUCUUACGUUGGCACCGACAACAAGACGCAAACGGAGAAAUAUGGUUGCAAACCGGCCCCGGGUAAGAAGAGUCUCUGCGUGAGGUGCAGCUGUCGAAAAGCAGGAAGGAAAUGCUAGCUGGUAUUGGUGUGCAGGGCCACCUGUGGACUGAUUCGCGCGGCGGAACCUGACUCAGAUCGCUGCUGUUGCAUCCAGCGUUCCUGCUGCGCCCACUGUUCCUGGUACACCCUCCAUUCCUGCAACAUCUGCCAUCGUAGCCGGAGCCCUGCGUUCUCUUUUGGCGGAAAGAGCCGUUAGUCAGCAGGCAGCCGCACAGGCAGCCGCUAGGCAGCAGGCAGCCAAAUCCCAAAGUGGGAAUCCGAUGCGUCCGACUACAGCGAUGCCUUCAGCGACUGGGGAUCAGACACGUCGGAGGGCGGGCCGGAUUUAGGGUGGGGAAAUGCGGGGGGGGGUCGAAGGUCCAUGGGGGGCGACAGGAGCUGACUGGUUCUGAGGGUUCAGGAGUCGCUUUGAGGUGUGUAGUAUCUGGUUCCGUGUGUAUUUACCAACUUCUCGACCAUAAACUGAGGGUGCGGCAGGGAUUUGCGUGGUUGUGGCCCGAUUUCAUCGUAUGAGAACGUACUACGGCGCGCAGAACGCCGAAGUAAAUCCCACCCAGGUGACCUUAGUCCACAUUCACCAGCCCCCAUGCUCACCGCCUGCGCUUUCCGUUGUUUGCCUUUGCUGCUUUUGCUUGUGUGUGACAAAAUGGUGGCAGUGACGACGACAGGUUCCUCCGUGCUAAGAAGCGUAUGGUGGAGAAGGAGGAGACCUUGGAGAAUGGGGUGUGGG